ACAAAAUUAGAAUUUCUUUUCCCUUUCAAGAAUAUAAAGACCAGAACACUAAUACGGAGACAAGUUUGAUUAAAAGAAAAAAAGACUUCACUACUUGGCGCCAUUAGUUUCAGAGCUUCUCCAUAGCCAAAGAAGGAAGAAGAAGAAGAAGAAACAAUGGAGAUAGGCGAUGAUCCACAUAUUAUAGUGUUUCCAUUUCCAUCACAAGGCCACAUAAAUCCUCAGCUUCAAUUCGCAAAACGCUUAAUCUCAAACGGAAUCAAGGUAACAUUACUCACAACCUUACAUGUUAGCCAACACUUGAAAAUGCAGGGCGAUUAUUCAAAUUUCGUGAAGAUCGAAGUCAUUUCCGAUGGUUCGGAGAAUCGUCAAGAAACCGACACCAUGCGCCAAACUCUGGAUCGAUUUCGUCACAAAAUGACCAAAAACUUGCAUAAUUACUUGCAGAAAGCCAUGAAUUCUUCGAAUCCGCCUCGAUUUAUUCUGUACGAUUCCACAAUGCCUUGGGUUUUGGAAGUCGCGAAGGAGUUCGGACUCGCUAGGGCUCCGCUUUAUACUCAAUCUUGUGCCUUAAAUAGUAUAAAUCAUCACGUUCUUCAUGGUCAAUUGAAGCUUCCUCCUGAAUCCUCUACUAUUUCGUUGCCUUCUAUGCCUCUGCUUUCCCCUAACGAUCUUCCUGCUUAUGAUUAUGAUCCUGCCUCUGUUGAUACUAUUAUCGAUUUUCUUACUAGUCAGUAUUCUAAUAUUCAAGAUGCGGAUCUGCUUUUCUGCAACACUUUUGACAAAUUGGAAGGGGAGAUUAUCAAAUGGAUGGAGAGCUUGGGACGACCAGUGAAAACCAUAGGACCAACUGUUCCAUCAGCAUACUUAGACAAAAGAGUUGAUAACGACAAGCACUAUGGGCUAAGCUUGUUCGAACCCAACCAAGACGACUAUCUCAAAUGGCUAAACACCAAGCCCCCUGCUUCAGUUCUCUAUAUCUCUUAUGGAAGCAUAGUCGAAGUAGGAGAAGAACAGCUCAAAAACUUAGCUCAUGGAAUCAAAGAAUCUGGCAAAUUCUUCUUGUGGGUUGUGAGAGACACAGAAGCUCAGAAGCUUCCCCCAAACUUCGUAGAGAGUGUUGGGGAGAAAGGUCUUGUGGUCGGCUGGUGCUCGCAGCUCGAGGUCCUGGCGCACCCAGCGGUCGGUUGCUUCUUUACGCACUGCGGUUGGAACUCGACACUCGAGGCGCUGUGCUUGGGGGUCCCUGUCGUGGCGUUUCCGCAAUGGGCUGAUCAGGUGACUAAUGCUAAGUUUUUGGAAGAUGUUUGGAAAGUUGGGAAGAGGGUGAAGCUGAAUGAGAAGAGGUUGGCAAGUCAAGAAGAGAUAAGGAGUUGUAUUUUUGAAGUGAUGGAGGGAGAGAGAGCUAAUGAGUUCAAGAGGAAUUCAUUAGAGUGGAAGAAAUGGGCAAAGGAAGCCAUGGAUGAAGGUGGGAGCUCUGAUAAGAAUAUUAUGGAGUUUGUGCAAAUGAUCAAGCAAUCUUAGCUACUUGAUUCUUUUUUAUGCCAGUGUCAUAAACUUUCGGGAUAUAUAGCCCUAAAAUCAAAUAAUUAAUGUGAUGUAUUAUGAUUUCUUUCUUGUUUUA